UUUAGUCGCGCCGGUGGGGUUGAGCAGCCAGCAUGGCCACAGCUGCUUCCAGCCCCUACACCUUGCUCAGCUCCAGCCCCAUGAUCCACCCGGACAGCCAGGCCAUGCAGCCUGCGAGCCCCUACAGAGGACACCAGAAGCUCCUGCACGGCGACUACCUGCAGAGCGUGCAGAGCAACGGGCACCCCCUGGGGCACCAGUGGGCGGAGAGCAGCCCCUGGUCGACCUCCAUGGAGCAGCAGGACGUCAAGCCGGGGAGAGAAGACCUGCAGCUCGGCAUCAUCCAUCACCGCUCGCCUCACGUCGCGCAUCACUCCCCGCACCACAACAACCAUGGCAACCACCCGGGAGCGUGGGGCGCCCCGGUGUCCCACAACAUCUACUCCCAGACGGGCUUCACCGUCAACGGCAUGCUGGACCACGGCGGGCUGACGCCUCCGCCCAACCCGCCGGGCCAAGGCGGCAUGCACCCGGGCCUCAGGGACACGCUCAGCCCGGAGCACAGCGAGCUGGGCGGGCACCACUGCCACGACCACUCCGACGAGGAGACGCCGACUUCGGACGAGCUGGAGCACUUUGCCAAACAAUUCAAGCAGCGGCGGAUCAAGCUGGGCUUCACGCAGGCGGACGUGGGCUUGGCGCUGGGCACGCUUUACGGCAACGUCUUCUCCCAGACCACCAUCUGCAGGUUCGAGGCGCUGCAGCUGAGCUUUAAGAACAUGUGCAAACUCAAGCCGCUGCUGAACAAGUGGCUGGAGGAGGCGGACUCGUCGACGGGCAGCUCCAGCAGCAUAGACAAGAUCGCCGCGCAGGGCCGGAAGAGGAAGAAGAGGACGUCCAUCGAGGUGAGCGUCAAGGGGGUCCUGGAGACGCACUUUCUCAAGUGCCCCAAACCGUCCGCGCAGGAAAUCACGUCCCUGGCGGACUCGCUGCAGCUGGAGAAGGAGGUGGUGCGGGUGUGGUUCUGCAACCGGAGGCAGAAGGAGAAGCGCAUGACGCCGCCGCCGCCGCCGCCGCCGCCCCACGAGGGGCCUUACUCCAGCGCCGGGGAUGCGUCCUCCUGCCACGACCUCUGACCGGAGCACCGGGAGGGAUGUAUCGUCCCCGGUCGGACUCUCGAUCAGACUCCUCCAGCCUUGGCCUCUUUUGAACCGGGCAUUAUUCGAUCAUUUCUCUCCGUGGAGCCCGUCUAAUUAUUUGGAUAUGAAUACAAAAAAAAAAAAAAUGUGCCUAUAAUCUACCAGCGCCUUUAGUUUCUGUCCGGACUGUUUUUUUUAUUUUUAUUUUCAUUUAUUUCCUUUAUUUCUAAUUCUCGUUAAUGUCACACAAUCUCAUUUUGUAACAACAUCUGUAAUUAUUAUUAUUAUUAUUAUUGUUAUUAUUGUUUUGCAUAUGCAAACAGGCCCACAGUGCAGUUGUAGUGGCUACCAACAAUAUAGCACUUGAAGUUUUGGCCUGUAUCUGACCAGGACUCUCACAAAAAAACAAUUAUUUAUAAACGCAUUUGUUUGAUUUCACUCAUUUUUGACCAUUUAAACUGUGUAGACUCUGAAACAGAGCCGUGAAUAGGGGGGGAAAGUGGGGGGGUGACGCUCUACACCUGCCUAUAAUUUUAUUGUACGUUCACUAUCCAAAUUUUUAUAAUAUUAAAUACUCCUGUUAUUUGUUGAUUUCAUAAGUACUUUUUUGGAAUAUUGUACAGUUUUUUAUAUAUUACCCUUUUGAAGUCAUUAAUUUAAACAAAUGCUCUUAGUUAUUAUCCCUGUACUUCACUAGCAAUGUAAAAAAAAAAAAUAUUUUCAGUACAAUUGAACUGUUUGGGGCGGUUUUAUUCCAAAUUUCGAUGACAGCUCAAGCAAUUAUUUAUUUUCAGUAUAAAGCUUGUAUUAUGUU